AUGUUCACUCCCGGUGGGAAAGUAGAGACCGAUGGUUUUACUGAAGAUGAAACAACUGUAGUCGAAACUACAUCCGAUGAAGAGGGUGUAGGCGUAGGUGAGGGUGUGAGCGUUUCAAAGCUGCUGAUGAUCUCCGACGAGGACGGAAUUGGGGAGCUGCUGAUGGAAUCUGUAGAUGAAGGCGUUGCAGAGAUGCUGACGACUUCUGACGACGAAGGUGUGGGUGUAGGUGUGGGUGUUUCGAGACUACUCAAGACUUCCCAUGAGGACGAUGUCGCAGAGUUACUAACCACCUCUGACGAGGAUGGAGUUGCGGAACUGGUGGCGGAUGACGAGAACGGAUCUGAUGAACUUGGUGUCGGAGUGGGCGAGCUGCUGGAAAACUCGGUACCAGUGGCGACAGUGGAGGAGCUUUCGACAGACGAGGGCGUUGGCGUGUGA